AUGCCUCGCCCUAAGAAAACUAUAGCGUUCAAGACUGUCUCCAAGUCUGGGGCACCCCAGCCCGAAAUCCAAGCAGAUAAAAUCUACCGUUUUCCCGUGAUCGAGCAAAGCCUGGAGUCGAUGAAGAUAACACUACAUAUGACCAUCGCAUCGCUCUUAUUUAUGCGUGGAUUAUUGCCUGUGGAUGCCUUUGGCGAGCGGAUUCUGCGAACAAACCGCGUUCACGAGUGCUAUAACUAUACCCAUUUUGUAAAUGGGAAGAACAAGGGCAAUUUUGGACGUAACCGAUUGGAGUAUGUUCCUAUAUGGGUGAUUGAAAGACACCUGAGUGAUGAAGCCGAUCAGCUUCUCGACCUUCUAGAGAAUGGCAUCUUUGAUGCUCUAAUAAGAGGCGUGCUACAUGCCGUCCAGUUUACCGUCCUUGCAGAUAAAGACUCGCCAAACAAGGUUCUGGAAUCUUACACCUUCACCUUCGACAAUUUCGGUGAGCGCGGCACUGCAAACCGCUUAACCAACGGUCCAAGGAUGGAUUUUGUCAGUCCCGUUGAGGAUCGAGCGAGCAUGCGUAAUAUGAUUUUUGAAGGGAAGGCCCUCAUCCGACGGUUGAGAACAAUGUGUGCUCAAAGCCCGCCAUUGCCUAAUGAGUGCAGCUUGGGAAUACAUGUAUUCCACAAACCGGAGUGUCCUGGAUCCUACGAUAUGCCUGGAUUUGCUGAUUCCCAGGACAACACUAUUGAGUACCCGCGGACUUCGUACUGGGAAAGGACGAGGCGCUUUUACGGAAGUGUCGACAGCGGCUUCCACACACUCGGAUUAAGAGUGAAUUCUCUACUUUCUACCUCACCCGGUGGCGAAGCUUACUUCCCCCCGGUGGAGGAAGCGAACGACGAAUUAGUGCUCCGUUCUGACGAGGUCGGAAUCCCCACGCCUGCUCAAAUGCCAUUGGACCUAGUUGGAGAGAUAGAUGUCUCCACUGAUGAAAGCGCUGCCGGUUCCACGGACGGCCCAACAAUCUCCCUUGACGAGUACUUAGAGUCUCAAUACAGCUCAUUCAAAUUGGCGAUGAUAUCUUAUAGGAUGAGAGACAGAGAAUCACAACGAUAUACGGAGAAUAAAGUGGAGGACAGAAUCUUCUUUAAUCAAGAAGACUUGGAAAAUCAACAGUCUUGGGUGCACAAAAAGGCUCGGUUACAAGCUGAGUCCGUCGAAGUUGAUUCAGAUGACUCUUUUGAAGCCAACCUUGUCGCAAGACCACCUCGCCUUGGAAGGUCGAGAAAAAAUAGGAUACCUCUCAAUUGGCCAGAUGAAGAAACAACGUUUCCCGUUAGCCGCGAUAGCGUUUCUCUUUCUCAGUCUCGUAGAUGGACUCGAAAUGACUUUGUUCCGGAGAAAUACAUACGUCGUGUGCAGAUCGUGGGGUCAAAGCCCACUGUCAAAGCAAGCACGGUAUACUAUGUCGAGAACCGCCACGGUGCCACCAAGAAGCUGGACGAGGAGAACAAGGACAACAUAGAGAAUCUGCCUGGGCCAAGUGACAGCAUGACUCAAUAUGGACACAGGGAUCAGCGCCACUAUCGGUGUGAGUGCAACACUUGGAACUUCAAGCCCAGGAAAUCUAUACAAUGUGCGAAUUGCAAAGACUGGCAACACACCCUGUGCUAUGGCUAUUACUCUGCCAAGGACGCACGAAUCCCAGACAUACAUUACUGCUACAGCUGCUUGAUCGGACACGAAUUUGACAAUGACCUGAUGAAAGAAUUGAUCAAGCUUACCCGAACACGAAGAACAAUUCACUAUGUCAUAACUGUUGGAAAAUCACACUUUUUGAAUUGGCAACUGGCCAGAGACCUUAAUUGUAGCGACGAUGAGGCUCGUGCAGCAUUCCACAUUAUCCGGAAACUUGGCAUCAUGGGAUCGUUCCGUGUCAGGAAUGAAAACCACCAUAAGCUAGGGCACUCCAAAUUCUGGCUCAACCAGACCAUGCCAGCCUGCCACACCAUCUGCAGCGAAAUCUUGGACCCGAUGUUGCUCAUCGGAGAAUAUUACGAUAUACCCCCUCCUAACCCCCUGCCACUGAUUCGAUCACAUUGGUCCAAGUCUGGUGUACCCUUAUUCAGUACUGAACUUAGUGUGUCUGGUGAGUGGGAUAAUACCAUCGACCCUCGCUGGCAACCUAAACUUUGGGAGCGGGUUCGCUCUAACCCUUCUGCCAAUGGGUAUUUCUUCGAGGGGGAGACCUCAAGUAGCGUGUCGAAGCGGUUGCUGGAUUCGAAAGAUGGAGAGGGAUUUGAAGAUAUGGUUUAUACUCGGGAGGCCAAGAAAAUGAAGUUUAAAUAG